UGAACAUUCUGUUUUCACUGAACUUGUCUCUUCCUAGGCUUCUUCUCCUCUCCUCUGGUCACAAAGCCACUGCAAUAGCUCCAAGGCUUGCUAGAGAUUAACAGAAGCCAAUCAGAACGUGAACUCACCACUUGACACCUGAAGGAUGGAUGGCUCAAAAGAGAAGAUCAUCCUGAAUGUUGGAGGAAUCAGACAUGAGAUGUACUGCAGUACCCUCCGGACCUUCCCAGGGACCAAGCUGUGCAGCCUCACAGAGCCCCAUGCCAGCACACUAUACGAUUAUAACCCUAUCACCAAAGAAUUCUUCUUUGACAGGAGUGCUCAGCUCUUUGGCUAUGUGUUGAGCUAUUACAGGACCAAACACCUCCAUUGUCCUGCAGACACCUGCAGAUCAGUCUUGGAGGAAGAGCUGGCUUUCUGGGAGAUAAGUGAUGCACAGCUGGCACCCUGCUGUUGGCUGAAGCUGACCAACAAAGACAGCCAGCUGGAGGAAUUUAAUGUUUGGGAUGAGAACGAACAUACUGAUGACGAGCGCCUCGUAGUCCAGGUGGAAAGAAGGGAUUUCAGCUGGAGGGCCAGAUGGCAGCCAAAGAUCUGGUCUAUCUUUGAAAAGCCCUUUUCCUCUUUAAGUGCCAAGUGCCUGGCUAUUAUUUCUCUGCUGUUCAUCAUUGGAAUCGUCAUCAUAUUCUGUGAGGAGACGAAGGCACAGUAUGAGUACUUUGCUGCUAACCUUACCAUUUUCGGCCGUUCCGAUGUGAUCCACAGCAUCCAUGAGCCUUAUUAUCACCAGGCCCCUUACCUGCUCCACCUGGAGCUGUUCUGUGUCCUCUGGUUCACUUUUGAGUUUUCCAUGCGAUUUUUCUUCUGUCCAGACAAAAAGAAAUUCCUCAGAAAUCCUCUGAAUGUGGCUGAUUUUCUCUCCCUCUUCCCAGUUUACAUUGAACUCUUCACCACCGAGCAGAUUCAGAAAAUGCCUAGCCUAGCACUUUGGCUGGGUUUUGUCCGCAUAGUCUACCUCCUCAAACUUCUGAAGAUAAUCAAGCUAAUAGAGACCCCUCUGAUCCUGAGAGUCCUGUCCUACACGCUCAAGUCCAUCAUCCAAGAGAUCUGCUUCCUGCUGAUGAUCCUGGCCUUUGAAACCCUCUUCUUUGGUUCUCUCUUUUUCUAUGGCGAGUUGCUAGGUGUUCAUCCUUCUUACCGGGGGGAUUUGCACUUCACAGACAUUAUCAUUUGCUUCUGGUGGGCUCUGAUCACGCUAACCACUGUGGGCUAUGGCGACAUCAUCCCUCUCACCACCUUUGGCCAGGUGAUGGCAGCCUUUGCUGCAAUAUUUGGCAUGUUAACUAUUAUCAUUCCAAUCCCCAUUUUCCUGGUCAAGUUUAAAGGCUAUUAUGCCACUGCCAUAACCAAACAGAAGCUGAAAAUGAGCAAAAAGCAAUAAUGCCAUUGACUUCAGAUCAUUGCUGCCUCGGGGCCCUUCAGAAUUAAUUCCAGUGUGGUUUGUUUCCACCACAUUGUGGGAAGAACACAUACUCCUAUGAAAAGUCUAUGCCACAUUAAUUAAGUCUGCCCCCUUGCUCCUGUUGGUAUAUUUCAAAUCAAUGUCAGGUACCCAGAUCUGAGUUAUAACUUUCUAUUAUAGUGGCUAAUGCUCUUUAUGGCCUAUCCCUAUAUCAAACAGCACUACAGUAACACUCAGUGUGACCCAAUUAACACUGGAAUCUUACCUAUCCUUUGUCAGAACAAGAUGAAAAAAUUCACUUUGGACAGUUUCAUCACACAAGAUUUUUUUUUUUCCCCACCAGCAGGAAAAAACAAUGCUGUUCACUGUGCAAAGCUAUGACAAGCGAUUCCCAGAGAAAGCGGGGAUGAAGGGCUG